AGAGGAUGCGGGAAGCGGCGGCGGACACGGCCGGAGCGGUCCGGGGAUUUUUUUUUCCUAUUUUGAUUGACUGUGCGGGAAACACAAAAGGUGGAGCCUCCAGCCCAAAAGGGGGGAAGAGGGUGACAGCCCGCCCGGAAGUCCCGCCUCUCUUCUCCGCGCUCAUUCGCCGCCACUCUCUUGGUCGGCAGUGCUCAUUGGCCCGGAUGCCCGUCAGUCGCUCGGUCAGCCGGCGCGCUUCCUGUUUGCCCCCGGGUGGAAAGAGAGAGACAAUAAGCGGCCGUGGCGGCGUAGGUUCCCGAGAGCGGCUACGGCUCGACUGUUACCCCGCUGUGCCCGCCUUGCUCGCCGGCUGCCGCUGCCAGGCCCCAGACGCAGGCCUCUUUCACCUCGCAGGUGCUUGGAGCAGGCCCAGCCAAGCUGUAGAGAGCUGGGCCGGGGAGGAAAUCCGUCCCCGGCGGCCCCGGUUCCACUCGACGCUUCCUCCAUCCCGACAGCAGCCUCCGCCGGUUCUCCCCAGGGCCUCACGCUCUCGGAGCCGCCGCUUUGCGCUGCCAGAAGGCCGCCGCCGCUCAGCCCCGGGGCUGCCGCUACGGCCGCUGCAGCUACUGAGCAAACCAGACCCGCCCCACGAGCCCGGGGGGAGGGAGUUGGUAUUGGGGGAGACACCCCCUCCGAGGCUGGAGGAGGAUUUUCUCUCUCACACAUUCAGCUCUUAGAUUCACAGUCAGAGCCAUCUCGUUCCCAUCCCCCUUAGCCCCAGGUUUUCCACGCGUCUCCCACUUGUACGUACCCUGGAGGCAGGCAUUGAAAACAAAAAUCUCAGUUCACCUCACUAAAGGGAGAACUUUUUUCAUUCUGGCCAGUGGCACCAAAACAGGCACUUAAAGUGUAUCUCAUUUGGUACGUAGCGAGUAUAUAUAUUCAACGGGGCAGAAUAAUUUUUUUAAAUCCACUCAAUCAUUUUGCUGGUCAAACAUAUAUUAUUCCCUGCUUUUGGAUCAUCUUGGUAACAAGUCAACAUCCGAAAAAACCCACCAACUAUUACCAACAUCUUAAAAACAGUGAUUCUUAGUAUUUUUUCUUGGAACAUUUUAGUUAUUUACUUUAAAAUCUCAUUUCACGUAUUGGAUUAGUUUAACACUACUUUGCCCUAAUCACCCUUCAUAUCUUGCUUUUGUCCCGGAGGGAGGGUAAUGCUUAGGCUUUGUGUUUGUGUGUGUGUGUGUGUGUGUGUGUUUUGCCAACUAACAUUUCUGCGUAUGACCUUUAGAUUUAAUUGCCAAGAAAGGUUAAAUUCAAGAGGUGGAAACGCUGUCCACAAUAACCCUUUUUAUUAGAAAUCUAACUCAAACAAGAAUUAAUGUUUCAAUUAUUGUAUUUUGUGUGAUAGAGUUGUGCAGUCCAAGCAAUUGAACUAGAUUUUGUGUGUGCUAACUACAAUUCUUAGCCCGUUUGUGAGACACUAAAUUUGCACCUCGAUUCUAAGGCACUUAUACUUGUAAUCUAUACUCAUAGGAUCAAAAACACUAUAUUUGGCACUUAAUGUACAAAAGACAUAACUUCUAGGGAAAUAACCUAAAAACCACAAACAUGCAAAAACAAGACUUGAAAUUCAGAAUUUCAAGUUGAUCUCAUCUAAUAGUAAGACCUUUGGUCUCAUAUUUAAAUAGAAGAAUAACUUUAAAAGGCGAGUAGUAUAAAUGCUGUACUAUUUUACCCUUAAGUUUUUUAAAGGAAAAUUAAAGCAUCAGAAUAAGCUGGCUUGGGAUGGGGGAGGAAUGGGAAGCUUGAAGAGGAGGACAGACCUGAGAAAAGUGGAGUAGGAGAGGAGGAACGUCACGGUAUUGUCACUUUUCUGGCAUGGAUAUGUUGGAUAGAGGAUCAUUCUGUCCCUAGAAGAGGGAUUUUCAGCUGUUUCUCUAAGAGUGGCAAUGUGUUUUAUGAGGGCGCCUGGGUGGCGCAGUCGGUUAAGCAUCCGACUUCAGCCAGGU